AUGCAAACAAUGGAGGAGGGUGGCGGCAUCAGGAUCUGCUCCAUAGAGCUCCCCUGCGUUAAAGAGGAAGAGGAGCAGCACUGCAUCAGUCAGGACGGAGAGCACCUUCAAGGGUUAGACUUCCCGGUGAUUCGUGUCAUUGUGAAGAGUGAAGACGUUGAAGACAAAGGUCAGAGUGAGCACAAAAGAGCGACGGACCCUCCGAGCAGCAGCUCGAGUCAACACAUGACAGCAGAAGGUGAUGGAGAUCACUGCAGAGGAUCCAAAGCACACAGCCUCUCAGGUCCACUAUCAGAUAGUGACGACACAACGUCACACUCUCCUGACACAGACGAUGAACACUCCAAAGGGGAUGUGAAAAACCCCCUGAAAUGUUCUCAGUGUGAGAAAACUUUUGGCCACAAAAAGAAUCUGAAAAGACACUUGAGAUAUCACACGGGGGAAAAGCCAUUCGUCUGCACAUUCUGCGGUCAAGCAUUCUACGAGAAAGCACAUUUGACAACACACACGAGAACGCACACUGGCGAAAAGCCAUUUUCCUGCUCAAUCUGUGACAAAAUAUUUUGUGAUCGCUCAGCGUGGGUUGUUCACCAGAGAACACACACGGGCGAGAAGCCUUUUGCCUGCUCAGUUUGUGGAAAAAGUUUCCCUCGCAGGGAAAAUCUAAGAACACACACAAGAACACACACUGGAGAAAAACCUUUUACAUGCGUUGUCUGCAAAACGAGUUUUAGUGUUCGUUCCACAUUGGUUCAACACAUGAGAACACACACGGGUGAAAAACCUUUUGCAUGCUCAGAUUGUGGUACAAGAUUCUCUCAAAAGACACACUUAAAAAAUCACACGAGAACACACACAGGGGAAAAACCGUUUACAUGCCCAUUUUGUGACAAACGUUUCUCUGUCAAGGGAAGUUUGAUAACACACAUAAGAACACACACUGGAGGGAUGUGAUGUUCAAUCAAAACCCAGAGCAUGUUUUUAUGAAAUAUGUAAUCAGAUAAUUUCUUAAUAAUAAUCAUUUUAGUCACCUGAGUUACCAUUGCACACAAUACUUUUAAUUGCUAUUUAUUGGGUAUUUACAUAAGAUUCUAUUGUUUUUUUGUAAAUGUAUUUAUCUUACUUCAUUUGGCCUGUUGUUGUCGAAAGCAAUUGACAACAGAUUAACCGAUGGAGACUCACUGGACCGUCACCAAAGAAUUUGCGACACAGCAAUGCCGCUAUAUGUGAAAUACAACUAACUACUAUCUCUAUUUUUAAGCAAAUGUACUUUUGAAUUGUCCCAUUAUUAGUAUCUAAACUCUUUGACAUACUUUAUAAUGUAAAUGAAUACAUUCAUAUUAAUACUCAAUCAUGACAUAGUUUAUACAGCACUGAUUCGACUAGAGAAUUGUGCACUCGGUCUGAAAUAAAGUUCACAAGCACAUGUACAUUAUGUAUCAUAGGGAUGAUGUAAUGGAUGCUAUUACAUCAUCCACUUUAGAAGCUGAUGUCCUCUUUAUAAACAUUGUAAUUUAUUAAAGAAGACUUGUGGAUUCAAAUGGGUUUGAUUGCAAUAAACUGACGACUGGGAUAGACUCCUUUCAUACAGCCCCCUCCAAAGGUAU